UGGAUGACUUCUUACUUGUGAGUCCAGCGAUUUUGAGUCAAUAUAUUUCAACAGCACGAUUGCCGGGCGCCCGUGUAUCAACCGUCUCUCGAGGAAGAAAACCACUUCCGAGAAUCACAAGUCUCUGCCUCUCUCUGCUUUUGGUUUUUUGGUACGAGGCGUUGGUUGGAAAAUGGAGACGACGGACGGAAGGUUUUCGUGACGAGGCGUUGGUUGAAAAUUGGAGACGACGGACAGAAGGAUUUUGAGAGAGAGAGAGAGAGAGAGAGAGAGAGAGAGAGAGAGAGAUGGGGGUGGAUUACUACAACGUACUGAAGGUGAGCCGUACAGCGACGGACGAAGACCUGAAGAGGUCGUACCGAAGGCUAGCGAUGCGAUGGCACCCGGACAAGAACCCUGGAAGCAAGAAGGAAGCAGAGGCAAGAUUCAAGCAGAUUUCUGAGGCCUACGACGUCCUCAGCGAUCCCCACAAGCGUCAGAUCUAUGACCAGUUAGGCCCAGAUGGACUGGAGGCUGGGAUCGGUCCUACGCCUCCGUCUGACACUACUGGUGGAGGAGGAGCAUUCCCCAACGGAUUCCAUUUCAAUUCGAGGGAUGCUGAAGACAUAUAUGCAGAGUUUUUCGGCAAUGGAGGUGGCGACGGUGGCAGAGGAAAUAGAAGCUUCCCUGGGGAGAGCUUCUUCAGGGGGGCUUCGAAUGGUAACGCUGCCGAUCCUCUGAAGGCACCCACGGUCGAGAACAAGCUGCCUUGUAGCCUUGAGGAAUUGUAUUCGGGUUCGAAGCGGAAGAUGAGGAUAUCGAGGAAUAUAUAUCAUGCGUCCAGCAAAGCAACAACGGUGGAGGAGAUCCUGACCAUCAAUAUCAAGCCUGGUUGGAAGAAGGGCACAAAGAUCACUUUCCCCGAGAAGGGUAACGAGCAACCUAAUGUCAUCCCAGCUGACCUUGUUUUCAUCAUAGAUGAGAAGCCCCACGCAGUUUACAAGAGGGAUGGGAAUGACCUGGUGGCCAACCAGAGGAUACUGCUGGUUGACGCUCUCACGGGAACGACCAUCAAUCUAACGACUCUCGAUGGAAGGAAUCUGACUGUACCGAUAACAGACAUUGUUGGACCAGGCUAUGAGAUGGUGGUCCCCGGGGAAGGGAUGCCGAUUGCAAAGGAACCUGGAAAGAAGGGGAACUUGAGGAUCAAGUUUGAUGUUAAAUUCCCAUCAAGGCUGACUGCAGAACAGAAAUCUGUUCUGAGGAGGCUUUUGGGGGGCUGAUGGGACCUGCAAUCAGCCCGCAAUGUUCAUCUGACAGUUGAUCGUUAGGAAUCGAAGAUGACCGCCGUUAUAAAUAUGGAGGCUGCAUGGUGGGAGGUGGUCACUUUUUUUUAUUUCAUUUGUAUGCUGACAUGGUUAUUGUAGAUGUACAUAGCAUGUAUACAAAUGCAUACGUUACUUUUGUGAAGUGAGCUGGUUGUGUGAAGGUGAGGUGUUUGGGUCUGGAAGGGAAAUGUGGCCCAGAUGGAUUCUAUGAUUUAUUGCUGUAUUUUCUAGAUUGUAUUGAUGGUCGUCUGGUUGGUAAGGC